AUUUCCCUCGCACUUCACUAACUGCGGCGUAAAGCCUCGCGUUCAGCAAAGCACGGGCGCGAGCGGAGCGGAGCGGCGCGCGGUCAACCAUGGACGGGUCUCACGCAAACGUGAACAACUACCUGGGCUGGUCCAUCUUCAACACCCUGUGCUGCUGCCUGCCCCUCGGAGUGGCUGCGAUUAUCUACUCCUGCAGGGCGAAGGACGCAGCUGCAAUUGGGGAUUCCACGCGCGCUCAGGAAGCCUCGCGUACCGCCAAGAUCCUGAACAUCGUCGGCCUCACGCUGGGCAUCAUACUCAUUAUCAUUGUAAUUGUGAUACAAGUGGUGGCGCGCAAGAAUUUGCAACACUGAGCGCGACGGCCCUUUUUUUUUUUUUUUUUUUUCUGCACAACUUUCCUGCGAACAUUUCUCCCGUCCCGCCAGCGCGCCCUCGUAGAUCCCGUCUCUAGGAGCGAGUGAAUGCCCGUUUUUCGCUUGACGACCACCAGCCCGCGCGCCACACCCUCCGCGGACAUUUCCGAAGAGCCUCGAGGGCAAACGCCCACGCAAACAACCUGGACGAGUGACGGCUUCGCGGAUGGAUAACAGCUCUGUGUCUUGUCUUCGGCUCCGCGUGACUUUGUUUGCUCUGCUUGAUGAUGCCAUGUAAUAAAAAGAAACCUUUUUAAACAUUUUA